AUGGCCAACGUCAAGCCCGCUGCAGGCGGUGUUGCGGUCUGCACGCCAGGCCGGACCGCGACCAAGGGUGCCGACGAGCGGAUGAGGAGCGCCUCGGGAUCCAAGGCUGAGGAGAAGCUGUCGCUGCGCGACCGACUGAAGAAGCUGUCCCGCGAAUACGGCUGGUCGGCGGUGGGCGUCUACCUCGCGCUGAGCGUCUUGGACUUUCCCUUUUGCUUCCUGCUCGUGCGCGUCGUCGGCACCGACAAGAUUGGUGCGUACGUACCGGACACGCCGGCGCAAGUCACUGACAAGAUGAUGACAGGCAAGAUCGAGCAACGGGUUGUCUCGAGCGUCUCGAGCGUCGUGCCCGAGUCCGUUCGGGAAAAGCUUCACGAAUACUGGCGAUCCAUCAAGGGCGUCGAGACGCAGACGCUGGGUGACGACUACAUCAGCGAAACGGUGGAAAUGGCAGGAUGGGGUCUCGAGGAAGCGCAGGAACGAAACCAGGAGGAAGCCAGUCUAGCAACGCAGCUGGCUCUGGCCUACGCCAUCCACAAGAGUUUCAUCUUCCUUCGGGUACCCCUCACGGCCGCCGUCACGCCACGAAUCGUCAAGGUGCUCCGGUCCUGGGGGUGGAAUAUUGGCAAGCGGGUGCCGAAAUGA